AUGUCGUUGACAGGUUCAUUUAUUGAUCAUACUUUAUUAAAACCUGAUGCAACAAUAAAACAACUUGAUCAACUAUGCAAUGAAGCAGUUGAACACAAAUUUGCAACUGUAUGUAUCCAACCGUGUCAUGUGAAAUAUGUUGUCGAUAAAUACCCAAUACGUGUUUGUACUGUUAUUGGAUUUCCACUUGGUGCAACAACGACACAAACGAAAUUAUUUGAAUGUCAACAAGCAUUGAAUGAUGGUGCACAAGAAAUUGAUAUGGUUAUUAAUAUUGGUAAAAUAAAAGAUGGUAAUUUUGAAUAUGUUCAAAAUGAAAUUGAACAGUUAGCAAAAUUAGUACAUUCCUCCGGUGAGAAUAAAAUUCUUAAAGUUAUUAUUGAAACAUGUUUAUUGAAUGAAACCGAAAAACAAAAAUUAUGUCAAAUUGUUGGUGAUGCUGGAGCUGAUUUUAUUAAGACAUCAACAGGUUUUUCAACCGGUGGAGCAACAAUGGAUGAUAUUAAAUUAUUACGGCAAUAUUCACCAAAAAAUGUGCAAGUUAAAGCAUCUGGUGGUAUACGAGAUGGUGCUUUUGCAAGAGAAAUAAUUCAAGCUGGUGCUACACGUCUUGGAACAUCAUCCGGUGUUGCUUUAAUGAAAGAUAUGCCAGCAACAUCAAAUUAUUAA